AUGCUUCUCCCCACGCUCACUACCUUACUCUCUUUAGCAUGUGCCUCGGCCGCCGUCGUCAAGCGCGGUUUCGAAGCUCCCCACUACAGCGUCUACCUCAAUGACGAAUUCACAUACGACUCGUGGCCCGGUCCGGACAAGAUCAAGCCGUACAACCGCGCCUUGAUGGCGUUCUGGCAGACGGAUGGCGCGGUGGCGACCCCAGCUUCGUGGCAGUCGUUCACAGACGAGCAGCGCCAGACCAUCCUGACCGCGUACCACGGUGCCGGAAUCGCACUCAUGGUCUCUGCGUUUGGCGACGCCGUCGCCACUGCGCAGGGGAUUGCGGCGUGGGUCAAGAAGUACGCUGUUGAUGGUGUUGACAUCGACCUCGAGGACUUCAACCCCCUCCAGAACGAGCGCGACUUCUCUCUCGACUGGCUGACCAAGUUCCACACCGAGCUUGCCGCGCAGCUCCCCGGUGCGCCCAUCUCGUCCACCCCCACCGCGUGGAUGUACGGCUCGGUCUUUGGUUCGGCGGACAGCGUCUACUGCAAGCUUCAGGCCGCCGUCGGUGACAAGAUCAGUUGGUACCAGCUUCAGCUGUACAAUGGCCAGAAGGGCGCGUGGAACACGUGUGAGAACACGCUCUGGAACUCGUCCGACCCGGCAUUCCUCUCCCUCGGUCAGAUCGCAACUAUGUGCAACAUUCCCCAGUCGAGCAUCACUGUCGGCAGGCUAUGGGACCCGGCUGACCUUGCUACCCCGGACUCCCAGGAUCAGAUCCCUGCCCCUGCUGACAACGGCGCAUGCAUUGCCCAAGCCAAGGCCCACGGCUACCCUGGCACGGGUAUGAUGGUGUGGUCGGCCCACAAGAACAACUGGGACGGCGCUAACAACUACCUGGCCGGGACGCUUGCCGGCAUCGAGUCCGCGCCUCCUGUUUCCUCUGCCGCCAACUCCUCCCCCUCCGCUGCUUCGCCUAGCUCCUCUGGCAACGCUGCCUCCGGGAUUAGCAGCGCGUCCCACUCCGCUGGCCAGUCGACGGGCUCUGCUGCCGUCGCGUCCGCUAAGGCCUCGACAUCGGGCUCGGCUGCCGCUGCCGGCACCUCUCAGGGCACCCCGGCGAGCUCCGCCGCCACAAAGGUUGCUGUGCCUGCUGCAGCCCUUGCUGUUGCCGCACUUGCCCUCCUCGUUUAA